AUGACCCUCUCUGUAUUUGAGGGUAUGCUCCAGGAUGAAGACAUUCGGGCAUUCGUCUCCACUGCCCCCAAGCUGGCUGAGGCACUCCGGCCACUCUUUGACAAUGACAACACCCACGUGCAGCUACUCUCCAUUCGCCUCUUCCAAGAGGUGAUGGAGCUGCUGGUGGAAGAGGGAACACAGCUCUUGGAGACACAGGUGCACCAGAGCCUGGUCCCACUGUUCAUCCACGGGCAUGACGAGAACCAGUGCGUGGCAGAGGCCUCUCGGGAAGUGCUGCUUUGCGCUGCCAGGUUCCUCAAGAGAAGGGACCUGGAGAAGCUGUUGAGGAAAGAGCAGCACUUCAAGUUCUGCGAUUGCCUGAUGGACAAGGACGUGAGCCGAAGGGCCGAGCACCUGCACCAGGCCCUGCCCUACCUGCAGAGCCCACAGCAGCCCCUGCGAGAGGCGGCCGUCAGGUUCAUGGGGAUUGCUGCCUGGCACAUGCAAGACCUGCAGCUCCUCAUGAGGGCCUUUGAAGCCAUGAGCCAGGACGACUGCCCGUCCUACUGCACCAUGCGGACUGAAUUCUUGUCCGCUUUUAGACGGGCAGUAACAAAGUAAUUUCCAGCCAGACAACCUGCGUCCCUCCAACAGCACUGGAAGACCAAGGGACGAGACCACUUCUCAUGGGAGCUGGAGAUUCAGCUGAUGCUGGGCCCAGCUGAGCCAGCCGGCAAGGCCAGGCAGCUCCUGGCCUGCCCACCUCUAGGAACAGCCCCUUCCCUUCCCAAACCUUACCUUUCCAAACCUUCCCUUCCCAAACCUUCCCUUCCCAAACCUUUCCAAACCUUCCCAAACCUUCUCCUGCCCACACUUAAUCCUCCCUUUCCCCUUAGCUUAAGAAGGUUCAUCCCUUCCCUUCCCCUUAGAUUAAUAAACAUCAGCUCCCCUCCUCUCCCCUCCCCUUGCCAAACCUUCCCUUUCCUCCCCAAGCCUUCCCUUCCCAAACCUUCUCUCCCCUCCCCUUCCCUUCUCCUGCCCACACUUCAUCCCUCCCUUUCCCCUUAGCUUAAGAAGAUUCAUCCCUCCCCUUCCCCUUAGAUUAAUAUCAGAUCCCCUCCCCUCCCUUCCCCUCCAUCCCCUUUCCUUCCCUCCCCAAACCUUCCCAAACCUUCCAUUCCCUCCCCUCCCCUUGCCAAACCUUCCCUUCCCUUCCCAAGCCUUCCCUUCCCAAACCUUCUCUCCCCUCCCCUUCCCUUCUCCUGCCCACACUUCAUCCCUCCCUUUCCCCUUAACUUAAGAAGCUUCAUCCCUCCCCUUCCCCUUAGAGUAAUAAACACAGGCUCCCCUCCCCCCCAAACCUUCCCUCCCCUCCCCUCCCCUCCCCUCCCCUCCCCUCCCCUCCCCAAACCUUCCCAAACCUUCUCCUGCUCACACUUAAUCCUCCCUUUCCCCUUAGCUUAAGAAGGUU